AUGAAUGGUUAUGAACCACACCCUUGGGGGAUUAUGGUGGCAGGCCUCCAAGCACAAGACGCUGCAACCCUCCUAUUCCAUCAAUUCUGGCUCUCAAAAAAAAUUAGCUUCGCUGCCUACCCUGCAACCCCCUUCACGUCGGAGUGGCUUGGAAACUGGGCCAUCGUGGCGGGAGAAAAACAGAAGACAAAAGUCCUCCAGUGCCUGAAGGAAACCCUCUCCCUCCCUAACUCAGUGAUAGGUCACUACCUCCUGUGCACGGUACCAGACAGCAACGAAUGCCUGGAAAUUGUCAACUCCGCUAGAGUAGAACCCAUCAACGUGACUAGAGGAACUACGACCACCAUCCACUGGAUCUUCCUCGCAAAGAGCCCACACCCAGCUGACACCGAAAAACACCAAAAAUGGGUAAACGCAGCCGAAGCCACGGAAUGGUUCCACCUGUCCACCGGCACAGGAGACCUAUGUAACCCCCCAGCCCCAUGCAAAUGCUGCAAGGGUAGAGACCACACCACCCUACAGUGCCCCCUUACCACCCUCCCAUGCUGGCCCGACCUAUUCCCACCGAAAGCCCAGGAAAAAUCGGACACGAACACGAACCCGCCAACAGCAGCUGCCCGCCCUCACCCCAUUGGAGGACACCACCCCAACAAAACCGCCGAAAACUCAUGUCGCCCCCACAGAGGACCAUGCUUCACUAGAGGCAGAGGUAGAGAAUUCACGUAG